AUGGCUUCUUCUGAAACGGCAAGCACGAGACUCUUCAGAAGUCCUGAACUCGUCGAUCUCGUCUUCGAACAUCUGAACAAACAGUCUCUAUUUCAGAUGCAGUAUGUCUGCCGCUUCUUCAAUUCGCGUAUCAAGCACGUGAAGUCUCUUCGCAGGAAACUGUUUCUCUACGCUGAUCAGUCUGAGAUCAUCGAUAACAGGGGCAAUAACACCACGCGGAUCCACAGUCUAAAGUUGAACCCGUUCCUCUACUCCAUAAACGCUGGCCAUAAACCACAUGAUGAUGAUCCAGACUCUGUGUUAUGUAGGCUGCCUUUUCCGCAACGCUUGGUCGUCUCACCUGACACGAGUAUCCGCUGGGCCAUACAUAGGACAUGCUUCCUGCUCUUUGUUCCAGCCUCGCUGAAGCACGACGUGGUUGUUAAGGCUUCCUACCGUGACAUGUAUCUGACUCAGCCACCAGUCACGCGAGUUCUUCUUUACUGUCCUGACAAGGUCGCCAUCGAUCGUGGCGGCAUCGCUGACCGUCAGGCUAUUUCGACUCCGUUGGAUAACGACGCUGGGAUUAAGGUCGGAGAUGUCAUUGAUGCGAUUCUCGAGUAUGCUGACCGUGAAUAUCUGCGAAUUGCACCUUACGCGAUUCAAGUCGUCUAUUCAAACUUAGGUGAAGACGGACGCAAGUUGUACAAGACACUUGUCGAGCAACAUUACUUCGAUUGGAAGGCUGAAUUUGGGCUCGGCCGAACGCACGAGGCUCUCGCUUCAGAUAGUGAAGAGUGAACGAUUUGUCUUGGGACCCUUUGUGCUCGCCACAAUACAAAGUACCAAAAAGCUAAUCAGGAGAAGUGCAGAAUUCACAUCAAAUGCAGAUGAGCAGCACUCUAUCACAGAAACACGGCUUUAACCCUCACUCGUAGCAUAAUCUUUAGCUAGCUUUAUGGACUAGAAGGGUCACUUUUCUCCAUCCACCACACAUGCAGUGGCGUCGCAUGCUUGCAAUGCUCCGGUAG